AUGGACACACAGAAGCGAACUGCUUUUUGCGGCAAUAACGAUGAAGAGAAAGAAACUCAUAAUGGGACAUUACUUAAUUGUCUUUAUGCUCUAAGUCACAGCGAAUGUUUUAAGAUUGAAAGGCUCAAUGUUGAAGUUCAGGUAAAGAAUGUAGAACGAUGGUGCACAGCUUUGGAACAUCACAACCUGACACCAUCUGAUGACAUCGCUCAAGAAUGA